AUGACAACUCGCAUUGAUUACUAUUCCCGAAGACAUGGUGCAACGUAUGCCCGCCAGCAGGAGCUUGUCAUCGACAGUGACAGGGACGUCUUCCUGGAUGUGUACGCAGACUGGUGCGGUCCAUGCGUGGAGGCGAAACCGCAUUUCCACAAGUUGGCCAAUCUACUGCGCGCCUGCGAUGACAUUGACAGCGAAGAUGUACCGUGGUGUGCACCGCUACCUGGCCACAGCUACGGCAACCAAGUGCUGCUUGUGGAGAGAGAGGGCUUCAGCCCUGUGCAGCUGCCCGCCGGCUCUAGCCACGAUGCAGCAGACUGGGAUUCAGAUGGGGAUAUCGACAUUCUGGUGGGGGCUCCUGGCGGCACUCUCCGCUACUUCGAGAACCUUGGAUCAGGCCUUCUGACGGAACGGAUCGGGCCGGAAAGACACUCAGUUCCGCGGCUAGUUGACUGGGAUGGGGAUGGAGAUCUGGAUCUCCUUGUGGGUGCAGACGAUGGACAGGUGCACUUCUACAGUCGGCUCAGCGAGCAUUCCCUGCACUACCAGGGGCCUGUGUUUUCGAAGCUCUCCGAGCCCUACGCUUUCAGUGCCGUGGACUGGGAUGGGGACGGGGACCUGGAUAUCAUCUCCUGUGGUGAGGACCCGGGAGUGAAGCUCCGCUUCUUCGAGCGUGUGGAGACGGGGGAGCUCAAGGAGAUGACGGGCACAUCGAAUCCUUUCGCAGGAUUUCGGGCGCCAAUGCAGCGGGAGCCCUGUCACAUCUAUGCUGCCGACUGGGAUGGAGACGGUGAUGCAGAUUUCAUGUACGUCGGUCAGAACCUACGGUACUUCACCCGGACCGCACGGGGGACGCUGGUCCAGCGCGAGCGCCAUCUAAACCCGUUCUAUGACCUCCAGCGGAAGGAGAUCGAUUUGCAGACCCUCGCUUUCGUGGACUGGAACCGUGAUGGCGACUUAGACAUCAUCGCCGGCCCCGUCGCAUCGAACUCCAGUCUCCGCUUCUUCGCGCGUGAGCGCGUGCGGCUCGUGGCCGAGGCAGAGUCCAUUGGACCCAAAGGCACUGCGGAGAAAGACAACGCGACAAACUACUACGUACCAUGUGCAGUGGAUUGGGACGGCGAUGGUGAUACUGAUCUGCUGGUUGGAUGUAGUAAUGGCACGGUUGCCUACUACGAGCGAACACCUCAAGGACUUCAACAGCGCCAUGGGUCUGCAAAUCCCUUCGACGGUAUCUCGGUGGAUCUGAUCGCCGUUCCACGCGCCGCGGACUGGGAUGGGGACGGUGACACAGAUCUCCUCUUGUCGGGCUUUCACUCAGCGGAUGGGGAAUACGAUGGCUCAGUGCGAUACUUUGAGCGUCUGGAGGAUGGCAGACUGGAGGAGCGAAAAGGGCCAGAGAAUCCUUUCCGCUCCUUUCUUCCGGAUGGUGAGAUGGUGGUGGUGCCAAGAGCUGUGGAUUGGGACUCUGAUGGUGAUCUGGAUCUCCUCGUCGUAGGUGCUGCUGGUCAGGUUCGCUACUUCGAACGCUUGGCGGAUGGGUCGCUGCAGGAACACCUUGGCAUUGAGAGCCCCUUCAACGGCUUGCAGGUUGGUCCCGGUGCACUGGAGGUCACAGACUUUGACGGAGACGGAUCGCUGGAUCUUUUGAUCGGAACCAGCCGUGGGCGCGUGCGCUUCUUCAAGCAAUGGGCGAACCAGUCCUUCACAGAACUAACCGGGUCCUCAAACCCUCUGGCCGGAGUCAGGGCGCGCUUUGCUGUGAUGCCAUAUGCCGUGGACUGGGACCAGGACGGUGAUACUGACCUGCUGGCUGGUGUUCAUACCGGCGGCGUCUCCGGGGUGUUGGUCUUCAACAGAGGCUAUUGCAACUGGCACGAUUGGUGCCUUUCCCGCGGCUUCACAAAGGGUAAGACCGACACCUGUUCUUGCAUCUUGCGCUACGACCUGAAGGAUUGCUCCGGAUGUGGCGAGGACUACUACUCCGGGCCCCCGGAUGGUUCUUUGUCCCGGGAAUGUCUUGCGUGCCCGGGCGCGGAGGACGGCUUCGUCUGCUCUCGGAGGGGCUACUGCAGGGAUGACGCGGCCGCACUCAGAGAAUUCCCGGAACGCAGUCGCCUGCAGCUUUCGGCCGUGACAGGCAACGGAUCAUGUGUUUGCAAGGAGCCCUUUGAGGGAGAGGGCUGUGAGAACGGCGAAUGUCCAGCAGGGCAGGAGUACUACCUGGAAGAGCUCUUCACUUGUCAGCCCUGCUUUCCAGGCUGGUUCAAGGCACAAAGCGGCAACAGCAACAGGUGUCAGAUUUGUGAUGCCGGACACUUCUCUUCGGACUGGGGUAGCGCCUCCUGCUCAGCAUGUCGCAGUUCGCAUUUCCGCUCUGUCGUGGAUGUCGCGCGCAUCUCCUGCGACUUCGCUACCAUCAAUGUCCCUGUGGCCAUCGGCGUCAUGCUGUGCUCCAUUCUUCUGUUCCUUCCGUUGCCCAUGAUGCUUUGCCAUACAAUGCCGGUUUCCGACAUGCGCUUGCAGCAAGCUGGGGUCACCAUAUCAGCCACAGGGAGGCAUUGGCUGCUUGCCGAUCGUCUUGCCAUGGUCUCCUUCCAAAAAACCGAAGUUCCUUGGUUGGACCAGGGAAGCUACGCGGUGAGGUCUCUGAGUGAGAGGCAGCUGCUGCUAUGUGACAAGCAGGGCGCCCCCAUCUUCACAGCUGCCGACACCUCCUGCGGUUCGGUGCAUUUCUGGCCAUGCCACUCCAUCCGCAUGACCGGUAUGUUCGGAGUCCCGUUCUUCUGCUGGCUGCAAUUCUUCGGCGGUUGUCUCGCAGGUGUACUCUACAUGGCUAAUGUGUGGCAGCAGAGCCCCGGGUUUUACGCCACCUACCUGGAGCUUCUCAUGAUGCUGCUGGGAGCCUUGGUUGCCUUGGCCACUCUCUGCUGGAGGAAGAGGGCCCUUAACCAGAGCGACUUGCAGCGGGACCUCCACAGCUUCGAAUGCCAGCUACAGGACCUCCGCCAGAACCCCCAGGGCCAGUGCCCUCGGGGCCAAGGCCGUGCCAUCACUGCCGGGCAGCUUUGGGAUUUCUUCAUCUUCUGGCAGCGCCUCGGCUCCGAAACAGGAGCGUCUCGUACGCUGAGCUGGCGGGAUCUUGCUGCCUGCAAUGGCCCCUUGGCUGGUCCACAGAGGUUCGUAAGCCACUAUUGGGGGACACCCUUCUGUCACUUUGUGGGUACCGUGCGAAAGCACGCCGAGACGCUCUCCGAUCCUAGCCCAGUCUCAUGGAUGCUCGCAUCCUAUUGGAUGUGUUCCUUUGCGAACAACCAGUGGCGCGUGGAAGAGGAGGUUGGCAUGAGUUGGGACCAGUCAUCCUUCUACCUUGCCUUGCGCAGCGGCACCUGCCAGGGGACGGUGAUGGUCUUCGACAAUGACGCCUUGCCAUUGACAAGGUCGUGGUGUUUGUUCGAGCUUCUCCAGACCGCCGAGCUGAGCCGAAACGACUCUCGCUUCCUGGGCCUGCAGAUCUGCACGCCCUCUGGGGUCAUGAACCAUGGCCAGACCAACAUCGAGUUGGCCAUGGUGAUAAGUAAGAAGCUCGCCGACCUGAACCUCCGGGAUGCACAGGCAAGCUGCCUCGAGGACAAGCACAUGAUCGAUCGGCUUGUAGCGGAGCGACCGGGUGGAUUCGAGCAGAUGAAUGCCUACCUUACCCAGGACGGGGUCGAUAGGCACUUGCGGAAGCAUCUUCAAACGCGGAAAGAGUCCCUCUGCCUUCCUAGCCCAUGGGAGUUUGUGCAAGACGUGCGCGCAGACGCAAUUCCCACGCGAGGCUAUGAUGCAGAUGCCAACGACAAACCCACGAAGUACAUCCCCGAAUCCCACAUCCCAGCUGGCAAGCUGAUGGUCUUCAAGCUCUUCCUUCGUGGCGACAAGCAGAAUCCCAUUGGCUUCAAGGGGCAGCGAAAUCUGAAAGGCUUCCUUACGUUCCUCCGGCAACACACGAAGUUGGACAUCCAGGAUGCUUUGCGACUCCUUUACACCGACUACUGCGUCGACAAUUCCAUCGAGGACUUGUACAGGCGGCUACUCUCAGCUCUGGUGGCUGCUCCCACGUUGCCACCGAACCUGCUGCGCUGGACCGAGCAGUACUUUAUCGAUCCAGAGCGCUUUAUGCCAUCUGGCCCCGAGGAUACACUGCGCCAGUGCCUGGAUGCGGUCCCUUCUGCGCUUCUCCCAGAGGCUUUGCGACCACUUCCGGAGGGGACGAAGGUUCGCGUCACUCGCCACGAAGCCACCUUGGACAGGACGCAGAAGAUGAUCGCCGGCGUGUUCGACCAGCGUUGUGCUCGAAAGGAGCUGUUGGGCCAACUGGGUGUGGUCGUUUCUGCCGACGGCAAUGAAGUCCAGGUGCAGUUCCCACCUGACUUGCUCGUGCCCAUGCGUUCCCACGGACCAAAGCCUCGAUGGGGAAGCCUAGCCCGAUUCCAGGACCUGGAACGCCGAGGAAUUGCCAUCCUCCAUCGCCAAGCAUUGGAGAUCGAGGCUGAGAUAGCUGCAGCGCAGUCGCGCAAGAGCAAGUGGGCCGAGGUCUGGGACUCUUUGCCCUCGGCCGAGAAGGCGCGGCUCCACGAGCUCGUGGUGCGCUUGGAUGCGCAGCUCCUGAACGCACAGCCGGGCGAUCCGAGGAACUUCUUGGUGCAAGCCAUCACGGAUGGAUAUCCAUUGACCACCUCGACCGUGUACCCUCACUUCUCCGGGGCCCGACCGGAGAAGGUUGCAGUGAAAGCCCCACGUGCCAUGGGCAAACAGGAGGCCAAUGCUGCCUGGCCGGAGCUGGAAAGUGCCCUGUUUCUACCAGACGCUUUUGGCCUUCGCGGUCCAGGAGGAGACGAUGCUCGAUUGCAGUAUUUGCGAGAGCUGCUGGCCAGGGGUCUGGCGCCGGACUACAGUUUCCGAGGUCGGCCGUUGCUUCAUCGCGCUUGCGAGUCUGGAGACCUCCAACUGGCGGAGCUGCUCUUCUCUUGUGGCGCGGACCUGCAUGCGCGCGGUGGCGAAGAGAUGAGCUUGCCGAUCGAGGUCGCCUCCUGGUGUGGUCAGAUGAGCGUCCUCCGCCUGCUGCUGACGAACGGUUCAUGCUUUGGCCGUUCCUUGCACCUGGCAGCUUUGGCCGGCCAUGGGGAGGCGCUUCAGCUGCUGCUCCAAUACGGGGCUCGAGCUGACCUGCGGGUGGACGGGGUGUCCGCGCUAGAUCUUGCCAUAGCGGCAGCACAGGCACCGAUCGUGGAGCUCCUGCUGCAGUGCAAGGAGCUGUCAGCGGCGGCAGAAGAGAGCUUGAGCUCUCAGGUACGGGGUCGGUUCGGCCUCGCUGGCCGAAGUCGGCGGCUGCAUUUGCCGGCGAAGCUCGGGGGGCCACGAGGUUCCAUCAUGGAUCUUCUGCUCAAGCAGGCCAAAGCAGCCCGCGGUGACGACACCUGGAUCCUUAUGGAAGCAGAGGACGGACGCACACCGUACCAGGUGGCGGCUUUGCCCAUCCGCCUGCAGAUGAGACCUACGUGCCUGGAUGUUUGGACUGGCCUCCUCCGCAGCUGGCCUUUGCCGGCGGGCGAAGCAGGCUUAGCAUCCCUCCGAAGUGUGCUGGAGGCCAAAGGCGAAGCCAACGCUGCAAAUGCUGCUGGCUGGACGCCCCUUCUCCUGUGCGCAAUGGUCGAUAGGGGCGACGCAGUCGAGCUGCUGCUGAAACACGGGGCAGACCCGUACCAGGCCAACCAAGUACAAGGAAGAAAGUGCCAGGUGCAAUGCGAGAGCAUUCGUCCCGCUACCCGAAGCAGACAAGACAAUCGCUCCACCCAUAUCUUUGGCCCAACGGCAAUUACCGUCGACUCGGCAAGCACUGCAAUUCAGGCCGGCCCUCGCGGACGAACGGCCAUGCUCUGGGCAGACUGGCCUCUCGGAAGCACUGGGCAUUGCAACUGCUGCUGCUGCGACGACGACGACGACGACGAGGACGACGACGGCGGUGACGAUGACGACGAGGACAGCAACGGCGAGGACGACAACUGCCGCUAA